AUGGAGUAUUUGACUAGGGCUCCACUCCUGCACACAGUGCUACUGAUCAGGGGGAACCUCCUGAUCACCAUGGAGAGUGAGCUGCUGGAGAGGACAUCAGAGGAUGCCUAUGAGAGACUCAUCCUGCACCACCUACAGCACUAUGGACUCUUUACAAGCACAGAUAAUUCUUUCCAAGGCAACCUCUUAAGACAAAGAUGGAGGAAUUCCCACCACCCCGGCUCCAUCCACCCAGGCACCCACUCCUCUGACAGCAAUAAUUCCAACAUGGAGGAUGAGGAGCAGGAGCCUGGCAGGAGGGCAUUCACCUUGCACCUGGGACAGGCCCUCAGGACCAGGCAGCUGGUGAUAGAUUUUGACGGGGAGCGUCCCAUCCCCCGGCUUAGGGAGCCCCUGGACCUGUUUUCCAUCCCCUCCACCCCUUUCCAGGGGGUCCGCUGGCCCAUUGAGUAUGAGGUCUUCAAGGAAGCCAUACACCACAUAGAGUGGGACCCUCCAGACCCAGAGCCGUUCUACCAGCCCACGGGCCAUGAGAGGGCCCCCAUGCCUGUCAGGGAGGAAAAGGGGAACGUAGUUUACUGCAUUGACCCAGGCACAAAGACCUCCUACUUCACCUACUCUCGUGUGGGAGGAAGCCGGGGGCCCAUCAAGAGCGCCACCUCUUGUGCAAUGCAUCAGGACAAGUCCACCCUGGCCUUUGAGUCACGCUUUGAGAGCGGCAACCUGCAGAAGGCAGUUCAAGUCGGUGUCCAUGACUAUGAGCUCACCCUCCGCACCGACAUGUACACCACCAAGCACACACAGUGGUUCUACUUCCGGGUCAGAAACAUGAAGGCGGGGGUCAACUAUCGCUUCACCAUAGUCAACCUGAUGAAGGCUAGCAGCCUGUACUGCCUGGGCAUGAGGCCUCUGCUCUACUCUGAAAGAGCCGCCUGGGAGAAGGGAGAGGGCUGGCGCCGAACUGGCUCCAACAUCAGAUACUACCGCAACCAGCACCACCAGGCUGAGCAGGACAACAACACAACCACCAACACAAAGUCCCUACACUCCCUUACCUGGACCAGCCAGUUCCCCUACGACUUUGACACCUGCUAUUUGGCCCACUGCUACCCCUACACCUACUCCCACCUGCAGCGCUACCUCAGCCGCCUCACCUCCAACUCGGCCACCGGCGCCUACUGCAAGCUGCGGGUGCUGUGCCGCAGCCUGGCUGGCAAUGCUGUGCACGUGCUGACAGUGACAUCACCAGGAGGGGGGUGGAUGGAUAGGAGUGCCAAGCGAGCGGUGGUGGUUACAGCCAGGGUGCACCCAGGGGAGACCAACAGCUCCUGGAUGAUGCAGGGCUUCCUGGACUUCCUGCUGGGAGAGUCAGACGACGCCAGGCUGCUGAGGGAGACUUUUGUGUUUAAGGUGGUGCCCAUGCUGAACCCAGACGGGGUGGUUGUGGGGAACUACCGCUGCUCUCUGGCCGGCAGGGACCUGAACAGGAACUACAAUACCCUGCUGAGGGACUCCUUCCCCUGUGUCUGGCACACCAAGAACAUGGUCAAGAGACUGAUGGCUGAGAGGGACGUGGUGUUGUAUUGUGAUUUCCACGGUCACAGUCGUAAGAACAACGUCUUCAUGUAUGGCUGUACCAACAGCGAUGACGCCACACAACGGCUCCAUGAGAGAGUCUUCCCGCUCAUGAUGAGCAAGAACGCCAAUGACAAGUUCUCGUUCAGGAGCUGUAAGUUCAGGGUUCAUCAGAGUAAAGAGGGAACAGGACGCGUCGUCAUGUGGAGGCUAGGCAUCAAGAACAGCUACACCAUGGAGUCCACCUUCGGAGGCUCCACCCUGGGGAACAGGAAGGGGACCCAUUUCACCACCAGGGACCUGAAGUCUCUGGGGUACUACUUAUGUGACACACUGCUGGACUACUGUGAUCCCGACCCAACCAAGACCAGUCACUGCCUAGCUGAGUUGCGGGCGAUGUUAAGGCAGGAGGUCAGAGAGAGGCUGGGCCGGGAGGUCGACUCUGAUGGAUCUCUCAGCGUCUCCAUUUCUGACAUUGAGUCCAGUACCAGCGGCUCAAACAGCACAGAGUCUGAUGGCCUGCCUGUCCAUCUACUGAACCAAAUUGAUGAGGUGUCCCAAGCGAAGAAGAAGCACCUGAGGAGUGGUAAGGAGAGGAACAGACUGAGACAGGAGAGAGUGAGGAACGUCGACCCAAAGGUCCUCCACAGGAACGUCAAGAACAUAGACCCUGUGCUACCCACUGAGGACAUGGUGAAGGUGAGGAUCCAGGAAAAGACGGUGGCCGUGGUCAGAGAGAAGAAGAAGAGAGAGGUGCCGUUUGUGGUGACAGUGAGCCGUCAGACAGGACGCUCCUGGAUCCCCCAUCCCACCACUCGCAUCGGGGUCAUAGGCCAUGUGACCCUCUGGCAGGAGGAGGAGUCAGAGAAGAAUGAAUACCUGGAUGCUGUAAGGGCUGCAUACCUGAGUACUCAGCCACCUGUCACAGAGGAGCCGGAGGAGGAGCGGCUGCAGUAUUGGAGUCCCCAGCUGCAGUUUGGCUCCUCCCAGGCCCCGCGGCCGGGACCUCAGCGUCGCCCCUUAUCUUUUACAGCCGUACAGCAACGCGGCUUCUCUGUGCCUGUGCCCACCUCGAAGAUCAGGGUUCACACCACCCCCAUUCAGCAGCAACCCAUGCCCUUCAGCCCCGAUCACAGAAGCCACGCUGGGAUGAGAGUUCCGGGCAUGCAGUGCAGGGUGGUCCCUGAGUUCAUCCCGCCACAAGGCCUGGAGCCCUGCCGCUCUUCCAACGUCUACCCAGCCAAGUCCCACCACCAGUGGCCACGCCCAGAGAAACAAGGCCACGCAGCCCGGGUCUCCAUACGCUACUACAUGCCAGAGGCUCCAACCUCUAACACAGAUGCCCUGGAGACCCUACGGAGGAGCCCAGAAAGGGACUGCACAGCAGGUGUAUCAGACGCUAUGCCUGUGGGUGAGCAGGACCAGAGUGGACCUCAAGCAGCCUUUGAGAAACCACAGAAUAAACCUGGGACAGACGGUAACUCCUUCCUGCCAGACCUGAGGCACAUAGACUUCAGAGGGAAAAGCCAUGGCCGUAUAUGGGGAGACCAGGCAGGGGCUGGAGUACAGAGGCAGGGCCCCUCAAAGAGAGAGCCACUGAGGGGGGGAGAAGGCAGGCGUGUGUGUGGAGGAGAUGCAGCAGCAAGGCGUGUGAAAAGCAACCACAGGUUGGCCCAACAGACAUUGCAAGAGGAGGAUAAACAGGAAAUGGGCAUUUUACCCCAGAUGUCCUCGACCACCCACACCAAGAUAGAUCAUCCGCCCCGACAGCUAGACAGUCUACGUAGGCUCCAGAAACUCAGCCUGGCCAAUAACUCCAGGUUCCACUCCAGUGGGAGAGGGGCGGAAGCAGGGACAGGGAUGGAUCUGGAGAAGAGGAUGGUCGCCAGACCGUCAGGGUCUGCCCCUCCUCGCACCGAGUAG